UUUAAAGAAAAAAAUUAAAAAUUAAAUCGAAAUGUACAAGAUUCUAUGAUAAAUUAUUGCGAUUCAAAGCAUAUUAUAGUUGAACCUGUUUUACGGUUCUUUUUCUAUUGUCCUCAUUUAUUUUUUUGAAAUUAUUAACAUAAAUCUUUUUUUUUUUUUUUACUGGUCUAUAUUGUUAUUAUUAUAAUUAUUAUUAAAAAAUAAAAAAAAACUAUGAGGGAUGGGUUUUGAAUGACAAUAGUGAAUAAAUAAUAAUAAAACAAAAAAGUAAGAAAGAGGUGGAAAUUUGGUUGUCAAGACCUUGCUCUUUGCGGUUUCAACAGUUGUUUCUUUAACUCUCUAGUAAGAGGAUUUAAAAAUAUCGUUUAAAUUAUUUUUGAUACUAUAUAAAUAUGUUUAAUAAAAAAGUGUUAUUAUUAUUUAUUUGUAUAUGUCAUUUGUCAAAUGGUAUUAAUGUAUUAUUGGCAACAAUGGGUGGAACAAAAUCGCAUACAGUACCAUUUGUUGCACUUGGUACUGCACUUCGCGACCGUGGUCAUAAUGUUACACUUUUAAGUGCAUUCACUGGACCUGCAGCUAAUAAUGGACUUCGUGAAUUGGUGCCUUCUAUUCUAGAAGCUUAUGUUGGAAAUUAUACAUCAGAGUGGGAUUUGAUUGGGUCACGUUACCGAAAUGAAUUGCCACUUUCACCAUGGGAUGCCAUGAGAUAUGGAUGGGAAUCAUGUGAAUCAAUUUUACGAGAUGAAACAACAGUUGCAAAUAUACGUAAACCAGUCCCAUUUGAUAAUGAAUCAAUUGAUAAUCAUUGGGAUGUUGCAGUUAUUGAUGGUGCAUUUCCUGAAUGUCUGUUAGGAAUUCUGUACGGUCAAUCAAUUCCAACAGUAAUGUUAAACACGGUCGCUUUAUACAGUGGUUCAUUAUCACGUCAAGGUAAUCCAUCACCAUGGUCAAUUACACCAUAUUUUGGUAAAAGUUUUACUCAAGAUAUGAAUUUUUUGGAGCGUGUUAUUAACGUUGCUUGUCUUGGUGUACUUGAAAUGAUGCACUGGAUUAUGACAACUGGUUAUAUUCAGCCAGUUAUAAGAAAAUAUAUUGGUAAUCAUGUGCCAGAUGUCAGAGAAUUAAUAUCAGAUGUUCCAUUAACAUUACAAAAUACACAUCAUUCAGUAUCUGAAUCUUUUCCAUAUUUAUCAAAUGUUGUUAAUGUUGCUUGUCUUCAUUGUCGUUCACCAAUGCGAUUAAGUCCUGAUUUGGAUUUAUUUUUACGUAAAGGUUUUAUAUUUGUCUCAAUGGGAUCAUCAGUUAGAGCAUCAGGUAUGCCUGAUUCAUUGAGAGAAAUGUUUAUUGGUGCAUUUACAACAUUACCAUAUAAUGUCAUAUGGAAAUGGGAAGGUAGUAAAAUUGAUAAUUUACCAAGUAAUGUUAGAAUAGGUGCUUGGUGGCCACAACAAGAGCUACUUGGACACAGUGAAUUACGAGCAUUCGUAUCUCAUGGUGGAUUACUUUCACUACAUGAAGCUGCAUAUCACGGUGUACCAACACUUGUAUUGCCAGUAUUUUGUGAUCAUGAUGGAAAUGCUGCACAAGCUGAAAAACUUGGUUAUGCACGUGUUAUGAAUUUAGCAACUAUAACAAUCAAUGAAUUACGUGAAGGUAUAUUGAAAAUAUCACAAAAACGUGAUAAUACAUAUAGAGAAGCAGCAAAAUAUCGUAGCAUGCUUAUGAAAGAUCAACCAAUUGAACCAAAAAAAUUAGCGGUGUGGUCAGUUGAACAUGUAGCGAGGUACGGUGGUGAACAUUUGAAAAGUUCCACAAGAUUUAUGGGUGUUUUGCGGUAUUAUUCAAUUGAUGUUUUUAUAUUUUAUAUUGCAAUAUUUAUUUUUUUAUUACAAUCAUUUCGCAUAUUAACGCGAAAAACAUAUUUUAAACAUGUACAAAUAAUGAAAAAAAAAAAAGAUUGA